GACUGGGAGGGACAUCCAAAGGCGACGCCUCUGAGCCAGGGGCUGCAUGUGUCACAGUCCAUCAAACGCGCCGACAUACAUCCCCGCAGCAUCUUUCUCCCCACAGCAGCCCGCUGCUCCCAGUCUCAACUUUUCUAUCCCCGGCAGACAGCAACGGGAGGAAAUUAACAGCAGCCGAACAAUUGUAACACCUCGCUCUCGGCUUGACACGGAGCCGGUGCUGUCGGUGAAAACCGACCGUGGAGAGGUAACAUUAUAAAGAGGAAAACAGUCGAAGAUGGAAGAAGUUAAGUUGUUCAGCGGCAGACAUGGUGACAAGACUGGAUUUACUGACAUAUGUUAGGAGUUUAACUGCACACUUACUGACUGCUAGCAACCAGUGCACUGAAUCAGGGGAACUUGAUGUCGUGAUUUAUUGCACGUCCAUCAGCUGAGCACAAAACCAGAAGUGCCAAAGUGGAAAGUUUGGUCCGAGUGGGAAAACCGGAGAGGAGGUGGAAGGGGGUGCAGUCUUGUGCCUCUGAUACACUGCGGUUUGUGGAAGCUUCACGCAAUAAGUGUCCAACAUUCUGUCAGAUACAACAGCGCAAGUUUCAAGAAAAGGUUAAUCAUUUCCAUUGCUGAAGAGUAAAGACUCGUCAAGGAGGUGCAGGAUGAAAAGAUGGCACUCCUGUUCGUACCGUCAGGACCUCACUGUCUGCGUCGGUUCACUUGCGAGUCCCUGGCUGCCAUCGAGAGGCGGAUCGCUGAGGAGCAAGCGCUCGUCGCCAGGAAGGAUCACAAAGAGGAGGGUGAGGAGGAAAAGCCCACUCCACACUGUGACCUGGAGGCGGGCAAACAGCUGCCCAUCAUCUACGGCGACGUCCCAUCAAAACUCAUUGGUCAGCCAUUGGAGGACCUGGACUCCUUCUACAGCAACAAGAAGACAUUUAUAGUACUCAACAAAGGGAAGACCAUCUUCCGAUUUAGUGCCACUGAUGCGGUAUACGUCCUGACUCCUUUUCACCGUGUUAGAAGAAUAGCUAUUAAAGUUUUAGUACAUGCAUUGUUCAAUAUCUUUAUAAUGUGCACUAUUUUGACCAACUGUGUGUUCAUGACAAUGUCCGAUCCCAAACCAUGGACAAAACACGUUGAGUACAUCUUCACCGGCAUUUACACUUUUGAAUCAUUGAUAAAAAUCCUGGCGAGAGGAUUCUGCAUCGAUAAGUUUACGUUCCUUCGCGAUCCGUGGAACUGGUUGGAUUUCAGUGUUAUUUUGAUGGCGUAUGUAACGGAGUUCGUGAAACUCGGCAAUGUUUCAGCUCUUCGUACUUUCAGAGUAUUGAGGGCGUUGAAAACGAUUUCGGUCAUCCCAGGCCUAAAGACCAUUGUUGGUGCGUUGAUACAAUCCGUGAGGAAGCUAGCGGACGUGAUGAUUCUGACGGUGUUCUGCCUGAGUGUCUUUGCGCUCAUCGGCCUCCAGCUGUUCAUGGGGAACCUGCGGCAGAAGUGCGUGCGUGACUGGCGGAUAUACAACAAUUCCACGCUCAACGAAACGGGCAACUACACCUGGCCCUGGGACCUGACGUACGACGAGUUCAUCAACAAUGACACAAACCACUAUCGGUUGAAAGGUCGCAAGGAUCCCUUACUUUGUGGGAACAAUACAGAUGCGGGGAAGUGCCCCCCUGGCUUCAUGUGUCUGAAGGCAGGGAAGAACCCUGACUAUAACUACACCAGUUUUGAUUCGUUUGGCUGGGCCUUCCUCUCCUUGUUCCGGCUAAUGACUCAGGAUUUCUGGGAAAACCUCUACCAGCAGGUCAGUGCCAGAACGGGCGGGACCAUGCUCUUCUUCGUGGUGGUCAUAAUGAUCAACCUGAUCCUGGCUGUGGGGUCGGGGGCCACCAUCGCUGUGGCCAAGGAGAAGGAGUUCCAGAGCAGAGGAGAUCUAGGACAUCUGCAGUUCCUUGCUUCGACUAACCUUUGUGAACACGUUCCACAGGAAUUGAACAGACUGGGACACGAGACCCUAUCGCGAACCUCUUCUGAGAGAUCACACCUAAGUGCCAAAAGCAACAAGGAGAGAAGCUUUAAGAGCCGGAAUGGGAAAGAACUGGGAAUAUCGGAAACAGCGAAGGGACCGAGGUCAGCAUCAGAGGAGGGUCUACCCCGCAAGCCUCUGCUGGCGCCCAUCCUCACCAACCACCACCCCCUGCGGAGGGGCAGCAUCUUCCGCUUCCGGACGCACUCGGUGGACGCCGCGGUGGAGAACACGUUCUCGGACGACGAGGGCAGCGUCUUCGACGAGAGCGAGAGCGUCAGGAGCUCGCUGUGCCUGCCCCAGCUCAACCGCACCAACAGUAACCAGAGCCACGGCAGCCAGCGGUCCGUGGCCGGCGGCCGCCGCAAGCUGCACAGCGCCGUGGACCAGAACGGCGUGGUGUCGGUGGUGGGAGGAUCACCCAGCUCACCGCAGAGUACCCUGCGCCUUCCUCAGGUCACCGUCGACAAGCCAUUCAACGACGACAAUCAGACCUCCCUGUCGGACAACGAGACGAGCAAGUGCCAGCUACUGACGGAUCACCGAGUGUCGGUGAGUUACCUGGAGGAGUCGCACCAACGAGAGCGGGCGGUCAGUGCGGCCAGCAUCAUCACCAACACCAUGGAAGAGCUUGAAGAUUCUCGGCUGAAGUAUCCUCAGUGCUGGUAUUACUUUUCACAAACUUUUCUUAUCUGGAACUGUUGUCCGAUGUGGAUUAAAACAAAGAAGAUUAUGAAGUACAUCGUGAUGGAUCCCUUCCUGGACUUGGCCAUCACCAUAUGCAUCGUGCUCAACACCUUGUUCAUGGCCCUGGAGCAUCAGCCAAUGUCCGACGAGUUCAAUAACAUGCUCCAAGUGGGAAACCUGGUCUUCACUGCGAUCUUCACGGCCGAGAUGGUGAUGAAGAUCAUUGCCCUGGACCCUUACUACUACUUCCAGCAGGGGUGGAACAUCUUUGACAGCAUCAUCGUGUGCCUGAGCCUGAUUGAGCUGGGCCUGGCCAAGGUUGACGGUCUCUCUGUGCUCCGCUCCUUCAGACUGCUCCGAGUCUUCAAGCUGGCAAAAUCAUGGCCCACCCUCAACACCCUGAUCAAGAUCAUCGGCAACUCCAUGGGAGCCCUGGGCAACCUGACCCUGGUGCUGGCCAUCAUCGUCUUCAUCUUUGCCGUGGUUGGGAUGCAACUCUUCGGCAAGAAAUACAAGGUGGAGUUUUGCAAGGUCCCCGAAAAGUGCCAGCUCCCCCGCUGGCACAUGCAUGACUUCUUCCACUCCUUCCUCAUCGUCUUCCGGGUGCUGUGCGGCGAAUGGAUCGAGACCAUGUGGGACUGCAUGGAGGUGGCUGGCCAGCCCCUGUGCAUCGUUGUCUUCAUGCUGGUCAUGGUGAUCGGAAACCUGGUGGUGCUGAACCUCUUCCUGGCCUUGCUCCUAAGUUCUUUCAGCGCGGACAACCUGAGCUCUCCGGAUGAGGACGGCGAGAUGAACAACAUCCAGAUGGCUGUUGCCAGGAUACAACGAGGCAUCAGGUUUGUCCAACGCGCCGUGGUGGAGUUCUUCCAGAACCUGUGCAAGGGCUCUGAACCUCCCAUGGAGGGGAAGACCGUGAUGGAGCUCCCCGCCUAUGUCUUCAACCACAGCGGCUCAGACAAGCGCAAGGACAGCAUGGGCAAGGACGGCAACGGGACGGCGGGCGGGCUGGGGAACAACGGCACGGCGGUGGGCAAGCGGAGCGAGGGCUCGGUCUCCGAGUCCCUGCUGGGCGACGUGGUCCCCAUUGCGGUGAUCGAACCCGAGUUGGACACCUGUGAGGACGAGGAGAUGAGCACCUUCACUGAAUUAGCUGUCGACGAGCAGAAGCUGGAUGGAGUCUCCAGUUGUUCAGAAGGAAGCACCAUCGACCUGACGAGCAAAGGGGACGAGAUGGAGAACAACUCUGAGCACCCGGAGGAAGCGGUGGAUCCAGACGACUGCUUCACGGAUGCUUGUGUCCGUCACUUCAGCUGCUGCCAGGUUAACAUCACCACUGGUUCCGGGAGAACUUGGUGGAACCUGAGGAAAACCUGCUACAAGAUCGUGGAACACAACUGGUUCGAGACCUUCAUCAUCUUCAUGAUCCUACUGAGCAGUGGAGCCCUGACGUUCGAAGACGUCAACAUCGACAAAAAGCCAGUGAUCAAGGUGGUGCUGGAAUACCUGGACAAGGUGUUCACCUACGUCUUUGUGCUGGAGAUGCUUCUCAAGUGGGUGGCAUACGGCUUCAAGAAAUAUUUCACCAAUGCCUGGUGCUGGCUGGACUUCUUGAUUGUGGCGGUCUCAGUAGUCAGCCUAACAGCUAAUGCCUUGGGAUACGCUGAACUAGCUGCCAUUAAAUCCCUUCGGACACUCAGAGCUUUGAGACCAUUAAGAGCCUUGUCACGAUUUGAAGGGAUGAGGGUGGUGGUCAACGCGCUGGUGGGCGCCAUUCCGUCCAUCAUGAACGUUUUCUUCGUCUGCCUCAUCUUCUGGCUCAUUUUUAGCAUCAUGGGGGUCAACCUGUUUGCGGGCAAGUUCUACAAGUGCAAGAACACCACCAGCGGGGACAUGUUCCCCAUCGAGGAUAUCAACAACAGGAGCGAGUGCGAAGCCAUGAACCGCUCGGACGUCAUAUGGCACAAUGAGAAGGUCAACUUCGACAAUGUUGGCUUGGGCUACCUCGCCUUGCUCCAAGUGGCAACCUUCAAAGGCUGGAUGAGCAUUAUGUACGCUGCGGUAGACUCAAGAAAUAUCGGUGAACAGCCUGAAUAUGAGAUCAACACCUACAUGUACGUCUACUUUGUGAUAUUCAUCAUAUUUGGAUCGUUUUUCACCCUGAACCUCUUCAUCGGUGUCAUCAUUGAUAACUUUAACCAGCAGAAGAAAAAGAUAAGUGGUCAGGACAUCUUCAUGACAGAGGAACAGAAGAAAUACUACAAUGCAAUGAAGAAACUUGGCUCGAAGAAGCCACAGAAACCUAUCCCAAGGCCUUUGAAUAGAUUCCAGGGAGUCAUCUUCGACUUGGUCACGAAGCAAGCCUUUGACAUCAUCAUCAUGAUCUUGAUCUGCCUCAACAUGGUGACGAUGAUGGUGGAGACAGACAACAUGGACUCUAACAUGGAGAGGAUCCUCUUCAUCAUCAACACCACCUUCAUUGUGCUCUUCACCACCGAGUGCACGCUAAAGAUCAUCGCCCUCAGGCAGUACUUCUUCACCGUUGGGUGGAACAUCUUCGACUUCGUGGUGGUGAUCCUCUCCAUUAUCGGUCUCGUAUUGUCGGACCUCAUCGAGAAAUACUUUGUGUCUCCCACACUGUUCCGAGUCAUCCGGCUGGCACGGAUCGGGCGGAUUCUGCGGCUCAUCCGGGGGGCCAAGGGGAUCCGGACCUUGCUGUUUGCCCUAAUGAUGUCCAUGCCGGCCCUGUUCAACAUCGGCCUCCUCUUGUUCCUAGUCAUGUUCAUCUACGCCAUCUUCGGCAUGGCCAACUUCGCCUAUGUGAAGAAGGAGGACGGCAUAGACGACAUGUUCAACUUCGAGACCUUCGGCAACAGCAUGAUCUGCCUCUUCCAGAUCACCACGUCGGCGGGCUGGGACGGCCUGCUCAGCCCCAUCCUCAACACCGAGAGCCCGGACUGCGACCCAAAGAAGGAGAACCAGGGCACCAACAUCAAGGGGGACUGCGGCAACCAGUCGGUGGGCAUUGUCUUCUUCGUCAGCUACAUCAUCAUCUCCUUCCUCAUCGUGGUCAACAUGUACAUCGCCAUCAUCCUGGAGAACUUCAGCGUGGCCACCGAGGAGAGCUCGGAGCCGCUCAGCGAGGACGACUUUGAGAUGUUCUACGAGGUGUGGGAGAAGUUUGACUCGGAGGCCACGCAGUUCAUCGAGUACUCGGCCCUGCCGGACUUUGCUGACGCCCUGAAGGAGCCGCUGCGUGUGGCCAAACCCAACAAACUCAAGCUGAUCGCCAUGGACCUCCCCAUGGUGAGCGGCGACAGGAUCCACUGCCUGGACAUCCUCUUCGCCUUCACCAAGAGGGUGCUGGGUGAGUCGGGCGAGAUGGACGCCCUCAAGCUGCAGAUGGAGGAUAAGUUCAUGGCGGCCAACCCUUCCAAGAUCUCCUACGAGCCCAUCACCACCACCCUGAGGAGAAAGCAGGAGGAGGUAUCCGCCCUGGUCAUCCAGAGGGCCUACAGGAGGCACCUUCUCCGCCGCUCCAUGAGGCAGGCUUCCUUCCUGUACCGCCACAGAGCCAGCGACGUCAAUAUCAUCGUGGAGGAGGCGCCCGAGAAGGAAGGGCUGAUCGCCGCCAUGAUCAAGGAGCACUACAGCCCCGAGCUGGAGAGGUCAGAGACAAUGUCCUCCUCCUCCUCUCCGCCAUCUUAUAACAGUGUCACCCGAGCCCUUGGUGACAACGUUGUGGUCAAGGUGACUGACCCUCUCAUGCCCCAUGAUUUUGUGAGUGGGCCCGACAAAGACAGGGAGUCGUUGGUGUAAAAAACACACACACACAUACACACACAAAUCUUGCUUUAUUAACGUCUUUGUUUACACCAAAGGAAUGUGGUGGUCGUGGAAGAUAAGGAGAAAGAGAAAAAAAAAAAUGAGGCUUAAAAAAAAAACAUUCAAAGAAUGUUCCGACAGAGUGGACUAGCUGAUCUUGGCUUUGCAUUCGAGCUGUAUGUUGGCAAGAAAGCAGCCACACAGGGCUGUGGCCGUGGUAGCCGUAACGUGUAGGCUGCGAUCAGGAAAAAUCAAACGCGAGGGUGAGGACCGCGAGCAUUUAUUUGAGAUAUAAUAUAACUUGUGUGUCUCCUACUGGAUAUGUAUGGCCUUGCAUUAACGAUUAUCCACAACCUCUGUAGCAAAUGUAAAACACUGAUUGCAUAUGUUAUGGGUCUUUCAUAAAUUUAUUAUUAUAUUUGAUAUUUUUCUAUCCGAGCAUAUAAAUUGUCUGUUUUUGCACCGCGGCUGUCCCUGCCCCAAACCCCGGCACCAGGUCAAAGCCGACCUGCUGAAUGGUGGCCGGGACAGAAGGAGGAGGAGGUUCGCUCGGGCUGACAGCACAAACCCAAUGCCUGCCUCUCAAUCCUCCCCAAAGCGGGAGCAGGCAUCCGAAGGGGAAGGCCAGGGAGCGGCGCCCUCCCGCCCUUCCACGGCCGAAGACGGUGGUCGCUCACGGCGAGGAGAAGGGCAGGAAAGGACAGGACAGGACUGGGCAGGAGCUGGUUUGAGAAAAGCACAUGUUAACCCAGGAGGUAAAAACAAAAGAGACUCCAAACAGGCCCGGUCUCUCUCCUCGCCAAAACUGGGUGUGGGACAACUCUAAAGAAAAAGAUUAAAAAAAACCUACAAAAACAAAAGACACUUGGAAAACUUUGGACUCCAGUUGCUGAGAUUGCACAGUUUUUAUGCAACCUGAUUUUAUUUUUAAGUUAUUCCCAUGUUCCUUUUUUCCCCCCUCCUCUCUUUGUUGGGAAUGUCAGUGACUUCAGCGUGUCUGACGUGUUCACCUCUGCUGCCUUCAAGGACUUUAACGUGGAUUGUUUCACUUGCAACACCAACGCCUGGCUGGGAACACCGAGGUCUCCGCUUCCACGAUCCAUCUUCAUCAACUCAAGGGACGGGGCCCUUUCAGAUGUUUCGCAAUCUUUUCCGUUUUAUUUAUUUCGCGUUACAUACAUCGAGAUAGGAGUGCUUCUAUCGCGAGAUAAUGAAAGAGUGCUGCUUUAAAUUAAAACAAAACAAACCUG